AUGAAGCGGUUCAAUUCCUCAGAAUCCUUGGCUGCUUUCAUCUCCAUUUCUUCUUCGGAAGAAGAGAGGACUCAAAAGGGUAACCAUGGAUACAGUAGAGAUUUUCAAGCAAUGCUAGAUAGUCUUGAAGAAGAAGACUACAAUGAGGAACCCAACCAUGUAAGUGAGAAGAAACGCAGGUUAACCUUGCAUCAAGUUAAGGCAUUGGAAAAGAAUUUUGAGGUCGAAAACAAGCUCGAGCCAGAGAGAAAGCUGAAAUUAGCUGAAGAAUUAGGCCUGCAACCACGACAAGUGGCUAUUUGGUUCCAAAACCGUCGUGCCCGUUGGAAGACUAAGCAAUUGGAGAGAGAUUAUGGCACCCUCAAGGCCAAUUAUGAAGCUCUAAAACUUGAUUACAGUAAUCUUGAACAGAAGAAUGAAGCCUUAGCACAAAAGGUAAAAGAAUUGAAAGCAAAGCUCGGUGAAGGUAAGGUUGAUAGCAGCCACUCUGUUAAAGAAGAGUACCAUGUUUCAGAGUCGGACAACAAUGCCUCGGUGCACAGUAAGAACCAUGAUUUCAGUGAAAAUAAUAAUUCAAGUGCAAUCACCAAAGACCACAGCAAUGUUUCCUCUUCACAUGGAUUGAUGAACUGGUUUCAGUUAUCUGAUUCAAGAGCUAUUUUGGGAAAUAGGUAUCAAGUAUAUCAACCCCAUCUCAUGAAAUUAGAAGAACAGAGUUUGUUUAGCACUGAGGAUUCAUGCAAUUUCUUUUCAGUUGAUCAAGCUCCCACACUUCAUUGUUAUUUUCCUGAGCAGUAA